AGGGAUCUUAAUACGAAAUCACACGGCUUCCAAAAUUCUAAACAAUACGUCGUAAAGAUAACUUACGGAAACUUACGUAAAUCCUUAUCCAUUUAAAUUAUCUAAGUUCUGUAUAGCAGGUUUAUUUUAGAUAAGAAGUCUAUCGAGGAGCAUGUAUACGGUCAAAAAUGGAUGUGCAAGAGCAAUUUUCACGAGCAAGAUUUGCUACUGUAGUUGUCGGAACUAAAAUGUUGCAAUUGAUAUUUGAAAAACUUAAAGAUGAUUUUUGUGUCCACGCAAAAAUUAAAGAGAUAUUAAAAGUGAAAGAUUUCCACCCACUUUCAAUGAACUUCAUGGACUUGUACGAUUUGUGUACGAAGGAUUUGGUGAAAAAAUUGCAUCCAUCAACAAAUUGGAACGCAUCAGUUAAUCCACAAGAUGUUUUAUUGGGUGACGAUAUCAAGAGAAUAAAAAAGUUAUUGCAUAUUUUCAGUGAAACAGAAUCUGAGUUGCUGGAGUACAGAAAAACACAUGAUGAUAUUUGUAAAGCUCUUAAUGAUAUCAUAAAAAGAUUUUUCAACUCGGAAAGAGAAGAUUUCUCAAGGAUUUUUCAAGACAUAAUGCAUCGUUUAAUUAUUGAUGAGAUCAACGCAGAUUUACAAACCAUUUUCUGCAAAGGUAUUUCAGCUCAUAUUCUACAGAAGUAUACAACUGCACCAGCAAAACCUGAGGCUUGCCGGAAUCGUGAACAAAACGAAAAGUCAUUAUAUUCUAGACAUCAUGUUAAUGUUACUGAAAAAGAGUGCCCUUCAAAAAACAACCGGAUGAAAAAUACUACUAGUAAAGUAUCCACAGACGCCUUUCCUGAAUGUGACUCCCACUGGCAAAAGGAGAUGACAGGAAUAGUUUUAUUAAUUACAGCGAUGAAAGAAAAUAUGCCACCGAGAAUAGCUACUGAAAUCAAGGAAAGAAGUAAGCCGAGUUCUUCGUCUGAGAACAUUUCUACAAAAAGUUUCAUCAAGAAACAGAUCUUCUUUGAUUUUGUUCCACCGCCUCUCAAUUAUUUCGAGUAUACUAUGAACGAACUUUACAACAUUGAAAAGUCCCUGAACCGAGUUAUCAAACCAGAUUGUUUGAAACCAUCAGUAUCAAAAUAUAUGUCCUUUUCAUUUGUUUAUGGGAAUCAUAUGAAUGUAACAAAAGCAUCACUGGCCUUAUUUGAUGCAGAGCCAGAGGAAAAAGAAGAAGACGGCAAUGAAAGUGGAAUCAAUGUUGUUUAUCUGGACAAAGACAUGACAUUUGAAAUGCUUGAAGAAAUAACAAGCAACCAAAGUCUACCGGUGUUGACAAGUGUUCAUGUGUGUUUAGUUGUGCAUUCAGAACACUUGCUACGAGACCGUAACAAACUAAGAAAAAUAAUUAAGCCAUUAGUUGGAAGAAGACUUAAAGUACUAGAUGCAAACUGUGAUAUGGAAAAACUUUACGAAAGAUUUACUAACUUAUCAAUGCGUGUCAUUAAAAUUGUAGAAGGUUUAUGUCCAGAGGCAAAGGAGUUGGAUUACAUUCUACCAGAUGUAAAAGAACGGUUUGUGAAACUUCGACAACUGAACAACCCUCCGAAAGUCAAAAAAAUAAAAAAACCGACUCUGAAAAUGAGAAGGGCAUUAUCAAGAUUGAGAGAGAAGGGGUUGCUUGGAUAUACGAUGGAAAACAAUACUCUUAUCCUUUGCGUUGAAAGCUCAUCAAAUCCACUUUCAAAAGACAGAAUUCCAAAAAUCAUAAAAGAUGAAUUCGAAUCUAUAAACAUUAAUGUAAUGGAAAAGUUAUUUACUGUCCACUACGGUAUAACACCCGGUAAAAAGUUGCAUCCCGAGAUACACAAUGCCGGCAAAUAUGGAACCUUGGGAAUGUUUGGUUCUUUGCGAUCCAAAAAAGGAGGAAACUCAAGAAGAUGUUGUAUUUCUAGUGCACAUGUAGUAUCAGGUGGACAAACCACAUAUAUUUUUAAUGCAACAGUGAAACUCGGAAGCUGUAUUUGGCCUCCACCUGUUCAAAACCAUCACAUUAAUGUACAAGACAUUUCAGUUAUUCCUAUAGAAGCAAAUGAUAUCCAGAUUUCUACACUGAAAGGUGAGGUUAUUGUAUUUGAUGAGGCCGACCGUCAAACAUUGGAUAGAAGAAAAGUGUUUAAAUAUGGAGCAACCACAGAUAAAACAGAAGGGUUUAUUUGCAAAACUGAUUUUGUUUUAGAGUUAGGUAAUCCACCGAUAAAUGUGUUUUUAAUAGAACCAAAAAACAAAAGUGACGAGGAAUCAAGGUUUUCAAAACCCGGGGACAGUGGUGCCGUUGUCUUUACAAAAUUUGGCCAACGUGUUCAUGUUUUUUCUAUGAUAUUUGGUGGUGAUGUCAACAUCGAAGGAGUGGCAAAAAAUAACUCUAUUGCUGUUGAGCUUAAGUAUGCAAUUAAUCAAUUUGAAAAGGCCAGUGAUAAAAUUCUUGAACUGGAUGCUUUGUAAAUUAAGAAUGCAAUAGAGAUCUGGUACUUUUUUUUUUUACUUUGGAUUUAAACAAAUAAAAUUAGAAUUUAUCGCUACAUUUU